AUGAGUGAAUCAGCUACUGAUAAAUCUAAAUUAUCUAAAUAUGAACAGCAUUAUUUUUCAUCGUAUGAUCAUUUUGGUAUCCAUGAAGAAAUGUUAAAAGAUACUUCAAGAACAUUAAGUUAUCGUAAUGCAAUGUAUCGUAAUAAAGAAUUAUUUAAAGAUAAAAUUGUAUUAGAUGUUGGAUGUGGUACUGGUAUUUUAUCAAUGUUUGCCGUAAAAGCAGGAGCAAAACAUGUUUAUUCAGUAGAUAUGAGUUCAAUUAUAAACAAAGCGAAGGAAAUAAUUGAAUUAAAUGGAUUUUCAGAUAAAAUUACAUUAUUACAAGGUAAAAUUGAAGAUAUUGAAUUACCUGUAGAUAAAGUUGACAUAAUUAUCUCCGAAUGGAUGGGAUAUUUUUUAUUAUAUGAAUCAAUGUUAGAUACUGUUUUAUAUGCAAGAGAUAAAUAUUUAGUUCCUAAUGGUUUAAUUUUCCCUGAUAAAUGUCAAAUGUAUAUAGCUGGUAUCGAAGAUGGACAAUAUAAAGAUGAAAAAAUUUAUUAUUGGGAAGAUGUUUAUGGAUUUGAUUAUUCACCAUUUAUUAAAGUUGCAAUGGAAGAACCAUUAGUAGAUACUGUAAAUAAUCAAUCAUUAAUCACUAAUGGUUGUAAAUUUUUUGAAUUUGAUAUAAAUACUGUUAAAAAAGAGGAGUUGUCAUUUGAUAAACCAUUUGAAUUAACUGCUAUUGAUAGUGAUUUGUGUCAUGCUUAUGUCGUUUAUUGGGAUGCUAUAUUUCCUGGUAAUGAAAAAGUUGUAUUACCAACUGGUCCAAUGAAUCAAUAUACACAUUGGAAACAAACUGUAUUUUAUAUGAAUCAGGUUCUUGAUUUGAAGAAAGGAGAUAUUAUAAAAGGUAGAAUUAGUGGUAAACCAAGUGAAAUUAAUCCAAGAGAAAUUGAUAUUGAAAUUAAAUGGGAAACAGAUGACACAAUUGGUAGUUACAAUUAUUUCUUAAGAUGA